ACAUUCCCAUUAUCAAAGAAAAGCAAACCAAACCAAACUUUUGAAAAGUCUUCCACCUCCCUCAUAUUUCAUUCAUUCAUUCAUUGUCUUAUUCUCAUUCUUUGAAACCUUUGGAACUCUAUCUCCUUCUGCUCUGCUUUCCUGCCUCUAAUAACUCCCAUGGAGAAUUAUAGAUCCAAGUCCUGUAGAGAUGGGAGGAACACGCAGAUGGAGGUCUACUAUGGAGGCAGCAGAGAUGAGAGGAAUAUGCAGAUGGAGGUCUACUAUGGAGGCAAGGCAGCUCCACCACCACCACCACCACCAACAAGCAUGAGAGAUCUCAAGAGUUACAGUGUCAACUAUACUGGCUCUGGUACUUCUGGUGCAUACCCAAAUCAUCAGAUUGUUAAAGAUGUGAAGAUCAAGAAAGGCAAGAGCAGCUUGGGGACAUCCACAUCAAAGAUCUGGAGCUUGGCUGACCCAGAGUUGCAGAGGAAGAAGAGGGUUGCUGGAUACAAAGUCUAUUCAGCUGAGGAGAAGAUGAAAGGGUCCUUCAAAAAGAGCUUUAAGUGGAUUAAGAGCACCUACACCCAAGUAGUCUAUGGCUGGCGAUGAUUGAUCAAAAUGGGUAUUUCAAAAAAAAAAGAAUAAA